UUUUUCGCUUCCAUGUUUCGGUCAUACUGCUCGUCAAUAAGUCAUCUUUCGGCUUUAAUUCACGAAAAAUUGCAAAAAAGGAAAUAAAAGAGCCAGAAAGCUGCCAAAUAGCCGCCGUUAAAGUGGCCGAACAAGUGUGUGAAUAUUAGUGGUGCAAGAAGUAGCCUGCAAACACAAGCAGCCGUGGAAAAGCUGAAAAGCAGAAAGGUAGCAGCAGCAGCAGCCGAAGAAAGAGGAAAAGAGUGUGGCGAAGAGAGAGGAGCGCCCGGGGGACGACGACCGCCAACAACGGAUCGCGUACUAGUGUUUAAGCAUAAAGUUUUCCGCCCGCGCCCCGCCCACUUCUGGAACCGCCUGCCAGGCCACAGAGCAGAGAGCAGUGCUGCAACGAUAAAGAAAUGAACUCAAACAUAUUUCUGGGCACAGCGGAGAACGGCCUGCGGCACGAUAAGGUUGUUAUACUCGAUGCGGGAGCACAGUACGGCAAGGUUAUCGAUCGCAAGGUCCGAGAACUGCUCGUCGAAUCGGACAUCCUGCCACUGGACACGCCAGCGGCCACGAUACGCAACAAUGGCUAUCGCGGCAUCAUCAUAUCCGGCGGUCCCAAUUCCGUUUAUGCCGAUGAUGCCCCCAGCUACGAUCCCGAUCUGUUCAAGUUGAAGAUACCCAUGCUGGGCAUCUGCUAUGGCAUGCAGCUGAUCAACAAAGAGUUUGGAGGCACAGUGCUCAAGACAGAUGUGCGAGAGGAUGGCCAACAGAACAUUGAGAUUGAGACGUCGUGUCCACUGUUCAGUCGCCUCAGUCGCACACAGUCCGUAUUGCUAACUCACGGCGAUAGCGUGGAGCGAGUGGGCGAGAAGCUGAAAGUUGGUGGCUGGUCAACGAAUCGCAUUGUUACGACCAUUUACAACGAGGUAUUGCGUAUCUAUGGCGUCCAGUUCCAUCCGGAGGUCGAUCUCACCAUCAAUGGCAAACAGAUGCUAUCGAAUUUCCUGUACGAGAUCUGCGAACUAACGCCCAACUUCACCAUGGGCAGCCGGAAGGAGGAGUGCAUACGGUAUAUUCGAGAGAAAGUGGGCACAAAUAAAGUGCUGCUGCUGGUCAGCGGGGGCGUGGAUUCCAGCGUCUGUGCAGCCUUGCUACGCCGUGCCCUGCAUCCUAAUCAGAUAAUUGCCGUGCAUGUAGAUAAUGGUUUCAUGCGCCAGAACGAAAGUGAAAAGGUGGAGCGUUCACUGCGCGAUAUCGGUAUCGAGCUAAUCGUUCGCAAGGAAGGCUAUACGUUCCUCAAGGGCACGACGCAGGUGAAGCGGCCCGGUCAAUACUCGGUGGUGGAGACGCCCAUGCUCUGUCAGACCUACAAUCCGGAGGAGAAGCGUAAGAUAAUCGGUGAUAUAUUCGUCAAGGUGACCAAUGAUGUGGUGGCCGAACUGAAACUGAAGCCCGAGGAGGUGCUACUUGCCCAGGGAACGCUCCGACCGGAUCUGAUUGAGUCUGCCUCGAAUAUGGUCAGCACGAAUGCAGAAACAAUCAAAACGCAUCACAAUGACACGGAUCUGAUUAGGGAACUUCGGAAUGCGGGACGUGUUGUUGAGCCACUGUGCGACUUCCACAAGGAUGAGGUGCGCGACCUGGGCAACGAUCUGGGCCUGCCACCGGAGCUGGUGGAGCGACAGCCUUUCCCAGGUCCUGGACUGGCCAUACGCGUGCUCUGCGCCGAGGAGGCUUUCAUGGAAAAGGAUUACUCGGAGACUCAGGUCAUUGUACGGGUGAUUGUGGACUAUAAGAAUAAGCUGCAGAAGAACCAUGCUCUGAUCAACCGGGUAACGGGAGCCACCAGCGAGUCGGAGCAAAAGGAUCUGCUGCGAAUCUCUGCCAACUCACAGAUCCAGGCCACCCUGCUGCCCAUCCGAUCGGUGGGGGUGCAGGGCGACAAGCGCUCCUACAGCUACGUAGUGGGUCUGUCCACCAGUCAGGAGCCCAACUGGCAGGAUCUGCUCUUCCUCGCCAAGAUAAUACCACGCAUCCUGCACAACGUCAACCGUGUAUGCUACAUCUUUGGCGAACCCGUGCAGUAUCUGGUGACGGAUAUAACGCACACCACACUUAAUACCGUGGUGUUGGCGCAGCUACGGCAAGCCGAUGCCAUCGCCAAUGAGAUCAUCAUGCAAGCUGGACUGUAUCGGAAAAUUUCACAGAUGCCUGUUGUUCUCAUACCUGUGCACUUUGAUCGCGAUCCCAUCAACCGUACGCCCUCCUGCAGAAGAUCGGUGGUGCUGCGUCCCUUCAUCACGAACGAUUUCAUGACAGGAGUACCCGCUGAGCCCGGCUCCGUGCAACUGCCAUUGCAAGUCCUUAAUCAAAUUGUGCGCGAUAUAUCCAAGCUGGAUGGAAUCUCGAGGGUCCUGUACGACUUGACAGCCAAGCCGCCGGGCACUACCGAGUGGGAAUGAUGCGUUCUAGCCAAACCAACUUUCAACAGCCAUUUCAUAGCAGUAGACGAGGGACAAACAAUAAUCAAGCAACCAACCAAUAAGCGGCGGGCGCUCGAGAGCCGAUCGAUGGAACGAUCUUAGCCUUCUCGGGGCCAAGCGCAGCUGCUCCUGCCUUUAAAGAGACACGUAAAACGAGAGCAAUUGAGAUACACAACUAGAGAGGAGUAGGUGAGUGCCACUUGGCGGAGAGAAAGAUUGAAAAAAAUUCAGGUUCAUGUAAUAUCGAUCGUGUCUGUGUAAUUAAUGAGAAAUUAAACGACGGCAAACAAUUUGCCUCGCUAAAAAUAACAAUUAUAAUAAUA